AGCGCGGACGGGAAGCCUAACAUUGAGACUGACGGCUGUGACGGCCGUUUGAGGCAACCGAAGAGCUCCGGGAUUGAGCGUUCCACGGAACACAGGAGCUCCGCGUCCCCUAACGGUAGCUGGCGGUAGCUGGCUUGCCAAGGACGCCAUUUCCUGUUUUAAAAACGCGUCCUUCAUGUAUUGAAUAGGGGAUUAUAAACAUGAAGUUCGACAUAGUGCGGUGGGCGCUUUUACCCUUGCUGGUGGUUGCCGUCACUGCUCAGAGCGAAGAGAAACCGUGUGUCGAGGACAACGGGGACACGUAUUAUGACGGCGAUACGUGGCGUCAAAAGGUUGGUGAUGUGGAGAAAAUCUGCGAGUGUAUCAACGGGAAUAUAACGUGCCUUACAGAGGAAGAAUAUAACAUUGAGUACGAAAAGGAGCCGGAAUCCGUACCCUACCACGACCCCUACGAGUACAAGACCAUCAUGCCGGGGCCGGCGGGACCCGUGGGAGAGCCAGGGCCGAUGGGACUCCAUGGACAGAUGGGAAGCCGUGGGCCGGACGGGGAACACGGAAAGCCGGGACCUCCGGGAAAUGUCGGACAGACACUUAUGUCAGCAGAUCAGGCGUACCAGAACUACUACCAGGCGAUGUAUGGCCAGAAAGCUGGUGGCUUCCAGAUGGGACCCCAGUACCUCACCGCCAAUGUCGGCCCACAGGGACCACGCGGCCCCAACGGUCUUCCUGGUCCCUCGGGACAGCAGGGUCUCCAGGGUAACCGUGGCUCAACAGGAGAGCCAGGUCCGCCGGGACCUCCCGGACCAUCCGGUUUGCCUGGCUCCUCUGGCCCCCCUGGCCCCGACGGAAAUCCAGGCCGCAACGGCGUCCCGGGUCAGAGAGGACCACAAGGAACAAAGGGACCCUCGGGCUCACCAGGCAUGCCAGGGAUGCCCGGCGCUAAAGGACACAUGGGAUUCCGGGGUGCACCCGGCUCGGCCGGAGAGCAGGGAUCGGAAGGAGAAAAGGGACCAGAGGGGCCUCGCGGACCCCCGGGCCGCCCAGGACUGCAGGGGCAACGCGGUGUACAGGGUGACCGCGGACAAGACGGAUCUUCCGGACCACAGGGCCUGCGCGGUGUUGACGGACUUUCGGGUCAAUCAGGACCCCCGGGUAACGUAGGAAACAUGGGCUCCCCGGGCUACCCCGGAGUUCCCGGCCUUAAGGGAGAAUCCGGGGCAUACGGUCCAAAGGGAGCCCGUGGGCCUCAGGGUCCCCGGGGCGAAAACGGCGUACCAGGCCCUCAAGGCGAAGAAGGCCGGCAGGGACCUACGGGCAGGGACGGGGCAAACGGAGAGAAGGGAUCUUCUGGCGACUCUGGACCAGCCGGACCUCCCGGAUUCCCCGGACCCCGUGGACCGCCUGGUGUCGACGGCAGCCCCGGCUCGAAUGGACCAAAGGGACAUCCGGGUAUGCCAGGAAACUUCGGUUACAAGGGUUCACGCGGGGCGAAAGGCUCCUCCGGUGUUGAUGGGGAACGCGGACCCCCGGGCAGUCCCGGGCAAGAAGGCAAGAGGGGAGAGACGGGUUCCCAAGGCCAGCAGGGACCGCAGGGGCUCAUGGGAGAGAGGGGCACACCAGGUGGACGCGGGCGUCCGGGUUCUAUCGGGGACCCCGGGCCGGCCGGUGAGCCGGGAUCAGUUGGGCCGCGAGGUAUCAGGGGUUCGACAGGACCUCUCGGCAUGCCGGGACGGGCAGGACCACCAGGAUUGAUUGGAAACAGGGGACCCCCAGGACCGUCGGGACGUGAUGGCGCCGUCGGCAGACCGGGACCCUCGGGACCGGCCGGUAACGACGGGCGAUCUGGAGAGAUGGGACCCCCGGGAAUACCAGGUGUACCGGGACUCCAGGGCGCCAUGGGAAACUCUGGAGAAAGGGGCGACCCAGGUCGAGAUGGAUCUACCGGACCCCAGGGCCAGCAAGGUCCAGCGGGCGACAGCGGAGCCCCCGGCUCACAGGGACUGGCUGGACCACCAGGACUUGAAGGCGAACAAGGCGGAAGAGGACCAGUAGGAAACGCGGGACCUCCGGGAUUCCAGGGCCCCCCAGGGAUGCAGGGCGCCCCCGGGGAACAAGGGAUUUCUGGGGAACCAGGCCGCCCCGGAGAGGCCGGAAGACCAGGGAGAAACGGUGCUCCGGGUGAGCGUGGGUUUCCCGGGGAACAGGGAUCGCCGGGAGCUGUCGGGGAGCCGGGCGAGCCUGGCCUUGUUGGACCUGCCGGAAGGGACGGCACCAGGGGUGCUCCUGGUAUCGCUGGUCCCACGGGCGAGGUUGGAUCUCCGGGAAACAGUGGACCACCGGGACCAAGAGGCAGCGCCGGGGCACCGGGAGGCAAGGGAGAAGUGGGCGACCCCGGAAACCCCGGAGAAGACGGCAAGCCUGGACGACCAGGAGCCCCGGGUGUGGUUGGGCUACAGGGUCCCCCGGGUCCUGUCGGUGAGACACCUCCGAAGGGUGAGGCCGGCGACGCCGGGUUCCCCGGUCAGCCUGGAUCGCCCGGAAAGACGGGGCCGCGCGGACAAAAGGGACCGGCCGGGGAAGCGGGACCUCCAGGCAUGAUGGGCAACCCAGGAUCCCCUGGACCCAAGGGCCCCUCUGGCGCACCCGGUGAGAAGGGAGAGGAAGGAGAGCCCGGAUCUCCAGGAGAUUCAGGAAAACCAGGACUGACGGGAUCACGAGGGGUACGCGGACCAAAAGGCAGCAGAGGCGACCGUGGACAGCAGGGACUUCCGGGUCAAAACGGUGCUUUGGGACGGCCGGGUCCACAAGGCGCCCCUGGCAAGCAGGGGGAGUCAGGACCCACGGGCGUUCCUGGUGAAGACGGUGUGAAAGGAGCCCGCGGCCCCACGGGACCUAUGGGUCAGAGUGGUGAGGAUGGCCUGUCUGGACUUCCAGGUGUCCCAGGACAGAAGGGUUCUAUGGGAGAAGUUGGAUCCGCUGGCGAGCCAGGCCCAAUAGGACCCGCAGGACGACAGGGUGACCAAGGCGCGCCGGGUCAGCCGGGCGUUAUGGGCGAAACUGGCCCGAUGGGCUCCACUGGCGACCGUGGGCAACGGGGAGAGCCUGGUCGCCCUGGUGACGACGGCAUUCCUGGCCCACAAGGACAACCAGGACCGCCGGGAUUGCUUGGACCCGAUGGUAUUCCAGGAGACCCGGGACCACCAGGUCAUGACGGACUUCCAGGAUUAGCAGGUGCUAGAGGGGAGCGCGGCAUGGCUGGCGACCAGGGACCCCCAGGACCACCAGGUGCCUCGGGAUUCAUGGGACCGCCGGGACCAUCCGGCCAGCCGGGACCUACCGGACCUCGAGGGGAAAGAGGCGAGUCCGGACCCGAAGGAGCACCAGGCGCCAACGGACCGCGAGGCCCACCGGGCACCCAAGGUCUUGAGGGCCUUCCGGGCGAACCAGGAGACGAGGGAACAGAUGGAGACAAGGGCGACCCCGGUCUGAUCGGACUGAUGGGGCUCUCGGGACCGGAAGGGCCGCACGGCGAUGACGGUCUACCAGGACCACCCGGACCACAGGGAAUGAGAGGACCCGACGGAGCACGCGGCACUACUGGGCCGGACGGACAGCCGGGACCUGUCGGAUCGACUGGGCCUAUGGGCCGUCGCGGACCGGAAGGCGAAGACGGUCGCAGUGGUCCUAUUGGGCCGCAGGGACCACCUGGCCAACCGGGACCCCCUGGACAGCCCAUGUACGCUCCAGCAAUGGGGGCGUGGUUUGGGGCCAGCGCUUACAAGGGCAAUGUGAAUCCCUACCAGGCCGACGACGACACAUCAGAGCCCGAGAGGAAGGCACUGGAGACGCUGGGCGAGGUAGGAGAGAAGAUUCAGAAGAUGAAGGCGCCCACAGGGGAGCCGGACGCUCCCGCAAGGUCCUGCCACGACUUCCGGGAACACAACCCCGAGGAGGCAAACAAAGACCACAAGAUCUGGAUCGACCCUAACAAGGGUGAUGACUCGGACAAGAUACAGGUGGUGUGUGAGUUCCGCUCCAAGAUCGCCUGGACAUGCAUACACCCAUCCAAAUAUCGCUUUGAGGUUCGGCGAUGGGUUGACGAGCCUCCCCGUAACCACACCUGGUUCUCAGAGAUUCAAAACGGCGGCGCAGCCCAGGCGAACCAGUACGAGUUCAGUUACGACGCCCGUAGGUCUCAACUGAAUUCACUAGCCGGGGUCAGCAGCAUCGUCCGACAGGAGAUCCGUGUGAAUUGCAAGAACAAUAUAGCCUACUACGACGCCCGCACCCAGUCGUACGACAAGGCCGUGCGUCUGCGCGCAUUUGACGAGAAGAUCCUGACAGAGGGCGGUAAGCGGCGGAGGAAGGGCUCCUUCAAGUACGCUGUGGAUCCCAGAGACGAUGGCUGCAUGAACGGAAAUGUUGACGCCUCGUCACUGAUCGACAUUCGCACGAAGAAGGUGAGUUUGUUACCCAUCAUCGACAUCGCUGUCCUUGACGUCGGCGCUGACGACCAGCAGUUCGGAUUCGAGUUGGGACCGGUUUGCUUCGGUACCAAGACAUCCGGCGGCCGCAAUGACGACGACGACGACGAGACUGACCAGUAAAAGGAAGGGCGUGUCACAUAAAAACACAAUUCUCUAAAAUCUUCAGCUACCCAAAUGCUUUCCUCUGUGACGUUCUGCGAUUUAACGGGCUGAUUAAUUUGCCGGAAAACAUAAAACUGUUCCCUCAGCAUGGUUACUUUACAUGGCGUUGGUGAUAACUUAUAAGACAUGACGUAAUGCCAUUCGGAUGAUGCCUGUUGAAUCGUAUAUUAUAAAAGGUUGCUCCGCAGGAAAGUGCGACACUAAUGGUGUAUGUGCGUGAAUAGGAAAAACGGCUUUAAAUGCGAAUGUACUUUUGUUUGGCUUUGUUAUUUGUUACUCAAUUUUACAUUCCUUUACAUCACAGUUAUGAUCAGGGAAUGACGUCAUAUUAUGUGAAUUUUUAUCAUUACUGCAUGAACUGUACUAUUUUCAAUUGCAUCUACCAUUCGUCAUGGAAACGGAAGUGACGCCAUUUUGAAAUGGUUUGCCAUGAUACCUCAGAAAUGACGUCACUUCCUAUACUCUGCGAACUGUGAUACCCUGUGUUAUCAACUUAAUCGUGACUUUAGAUGCGACGUAAAAUAAAUUGUGUGCUAAUUGUAUGUAUGUCAUGUGAUAUGUACAACAUUGUCAUGUCAAAAAUAAAAUAAAAAGUAAAAUGUGAAAA